AUGGAGAACGAACUCGCGCACGAAAACGUGGAGUUCGACUACCAACGAGUCCCUCCAUGGCUUGCAGUGGUAAUAAAGGCUGCCCAGCAAGGGCGAAUACAAACAUACCUCGUCAUUCUUUCCUGCUUUGGCACGAGCUUCCAGUUCCUCAUGGGUCAAACCAAGCACAAAAUCCAGAAGACUAACAGCCGAGUCCCUUAUGAGCUGCUGAACAAUGUGUUGAGAGUUGCAAGCUGCGUCUCACUUUAUCUGACACCACUGGCGCUGGAGAAGUUUUCGUCCACUGUUGUUGCUUUGGCGUACAUCUCAAUCUUGGGAAUUGCGAAGAUGCAGUCUAACUCGGCCAAUGCCAGUCACUUGCUCCAACAGACGGUGCUACUCUCCAUGACAACACUCGCUCUCAUGUUUGCAACCCACUUCUUGCCGCUUCUCGUCAUAGGCAGCACCGCCCAGCCCAGCACUAGAGCGCUUGCUAGCACUGUCUUGUUGUUUCUGUCUAUUUUCGUCACCUCCAUUACACCCAGGGACUGGAUAGUACCCGUUGGCGCUUCAGAAGCAACCAAAAAAGGACCGUCUCAAGAAGAGACUGCCAGCUGGUUGGAUUACUGGUGCACAUUUGGACGCCUGACUCCUCUCAUCGCCAGGGGCUGGGAUGGACAAAUUACAUCGAAGGAUCUUGCUUCUCUACCAUGGGACUACCAACCCAGUGUACUUCUUCAAAGAAUCAGACAGCUCCGACAUAAGCACCACUCAACGGCAAGGACGUUGUUCGCUUUUCUCUGGUUCGACCUCUCAAUCGCUGCAGUCUCAGCAUCGAUGUUUUUCGUCACGGAGCUCAUCAAGCCCCUAGGCAUGUAUUAUCUUCUCGAUUAUCUUGGCAAUCCUGCAGAUGCUGUAUUUCAGCCAUAUAUCUGGCUCUUUGUCAUCAUGGUUGGUAAGCUGUUUGGUACCAUUGUGCAGCAGCAGCUGGCCUUCCACUCUGGCCGGGCUUCUCUCAAACUCCAAAUUGCCUUGACAGGCUUGAAAGACGCCAAGCGUUCCUCAACAGGUCUCCUCACCAACCUCAUGUCGACUGACAUCAAGACCAUCAUGCAAGGCAGAAUUCUCAUCAUGGUCAUAUUUGGUGGGCCUGUAGGUGGGAUCAUCGGUCUUGUUAGCCUGUAUAAAAUUAUCGGCUGGCCAUGUCUUGUUGGACUGGCGAUUACUCUGCUUGGCACACCAAUCACUGCUUGGAUUUCCAACUAUGCAUCGGAUGCGGAAGAAAAAGCCAAAGACUCCCAAGAUACUCGAGUAUCGCUUUCAACAGAAUAUUUCCGAUCUAUAAAAAUUGUUAAAUAUUUUGGAUGGGAAGAUGUAGUCGCAGAGCAGAUGGAAAAGUCUCGAGAUGAGGAGCAGAGCCAUCUUUGGAACGUGGCGCUCUUCUCUACUGCCUCGACAGAUGUAGCCUACAUGAUUCCAUCGCUUGCACUCGUUGUCGUUUUCGCGCUCUAUGCUGGCGUCCAAGGCAACCCCAUGACAGCAUCUGUGGCCUUCAUCACCAUUGAUCUGAUGGAAAUCGUCCGCGACAAUACGACCGUCGUCUCUGUGGUAGGGAGAAUGGUUCCAAAACUUCGACUUUCCAUGAAGCGCAUCGACCGCUACAUUGCUGCCGCUUCGCCAAAGCACACAUUCCCCGAGGGCAGGUUGAUCGUUAAAAACGCGACAUUUCAGCGCACGGCUUCUGCCGACUUUAGACUGCGUGAUAUUUCAGUCGACUUUGUGCACGCCGGGCUGAAUGUCGUGGUUGGGCCUAGCGGCAGUGGCAAGACGUCGCUUCUGCUCUCGAUUCUGGGCGAAACUGUGUUGGAAGAUGGAAAGGUCACCAAGCCACGGGACGUAGCGUUUGCAUCCCAGAGCCCGUGGCUACAGGCAAGAUCUUUACGCGAUAACAUUCUCUUCACGUCUACCUACAACGCCACCAAAUAUCGCCAGGUCAUCAAAGCGUGCUGCCUCGAUGUCGAUCUGGAAGAGCUGACAGGAGGAGAUGAGACAAACAUUGGCGAGAAUGGACAGCUUCUUUCUGGGGGGCAAAGAGCCAGAGUUUCGCUAGCUAGGGCCUUGCUCAGCGACGCACCGCUGCUUCUCCUGGACGACAUCUUUUCUGCGCUUGAUAGCACCACUGCAAUCUCUCUAUGGAACAAUGUAUUUUGCAGCUCGCUUCUAAAAGGCAGAACUAUCGUUCUUGUAACGCAGCUUCCUUGGAUCGCGGCAGAAGGCGAUUGCGUCGUGACUAUGGAGAACGGUCGCGCGACGACGGAGAAAAGGACUGUCACACGGAGUCCCAAUUCCGUGACAGGUGCUGCAAACCGAGAGGCUGCAAAACAUCUUGCACAGACAGAGACAAGCAUGGAAAAAACUGGCUCGGCCCCGGAGGAUGAAUGUGACGAAGAAGUGGCAACUUUACAGGCGCGUCACCCAGGGCGUUUUCAGUGGAUGGAAUACAUUGGCUAUUUUGGUAACUUGUUUACCAUUGCACUUACAAUGUCCACCUUGGUCAUUUUUAUUCUCACCGGCAUGGCUACUGAUCUCUGGCUCACGUCGUGGGUCGACAUUGAGGACACCCAGUCAAACCCGCACACGGCUUACCACCUGGGAAUUUACAUUUUUCUCUCAUUAUUCACAACUUUCAGUGAGGGAAUCACAAACCUAGCUUUUAUGCGUGGAAGUUGGGUCUCAGCUCGCAAGCUCCAUUCGUUGUUUGUUCAUGCUGUUCUGAAUACUUCCAUCGGUUGGCUGGAGAAGACGUCCAUCGGUGGCAUCAUGGGCCGCCUCUCAUCUGACCUCGACUCUCUGGAUCAAAACACCUCGGAGCCUUUGAGGGAGUUUCUUGACGAAGCUUUUAAAGCCAUCAUGAUGCUUGGCGCCAUCACAGGUAUUUUGCCGCUCAUUGCCGCGCCGGCCAUUGUACUAUCGAUGGUCGGCGCCCUUGUUGGGGAGGUGUAUAGCCGCGCUAUCAAGAUGGUCAAGAAUAUCGCAUCGUCUACGCAGGCACCCGUCAUCUCGAGACUCUCUGAGACCAUUGACGGUAUGGCUGUGAUUCGCGCACGCAGCGACAAUGUCCAGUUCGCUUUUGAUGAGACUAUUUUUGGGUUGCUUCACAACUCGGCACGGGCCGCAGCCGCGCAGAGGGACUGUGACCAAUGGCUUAAGUUCCGCAUGUCCCUUCUUUCGGCACUCAUUAAUGUCGUUGCUGGCAUUCUGGCCCUGCGGGCGAGUGGACAUAUUUCAGCAGGUCUUGUCGGAUUCUCGCUCGCCCAGGCGUCGUCUCUCAGCAACGGGCUUCUGCGACUCGUGUUCAAGCUGAACGAGCUAAAUCUGUCCAUGCAGUCUUUCCAGCGUGUCAAGGAGUAUUGUCAUCUCCCACCGGAGGAGGAGCCAGGCUCCAGAAAAACGGGAACUCUUAGUCUCACUUCUCCUUUGAUGCUGGCGAGCGAAACGCCAUUGUCGGCCGCACAGGCAGUGGUAAAUCUACCGUGA